UACACAAACACACAGUCACACAUACACUGAAUAUCCAACACAGAUUGCACAGUACACUACUUUUGAACUGCAACUGUCUCUAACUUUCUAUACCAACCCUGCAGAAACCAAUCUUCUCACACUUCUGAGCUGGUCUUCUUCCCAUCAAAUUUCAAUAUCUAUUUCUUGUUCAUACUUGUCGUAACUACUAAUAGAGUUUCUUGAUCUGGGCUUUUGCUAUUUUUCAUCCUAAACCCAUAUUUCAAUCCAUUUUGCUCAAUUCCUAGCUGUUAACAGCUUGUCAUAGAAAAAGUUCAUCUGGGGUCUUGGUGGAUUGGAGUUUUAUCUCAAGAUUUGGGAGAUUCUCACCAAUGGGUCUUCUAAUCUUGCAACUGAUGUAUGUAUCAUGUGUUUGAUGUUCUUUGAGCGUAAUGGGUAGAGGCCGAGGAAAGGGAAAGAAGCUAACAGUGACUAACAAUGAUGAUGAAAGUGGGGAGGAAGAAAAAAUUCCUGCUCAGAAGAGAAGGGGAAGACCACAGAAACUCCUUAAAGAUGAGAUGGAUGAAGAAGGUUCUGAGAAAAUAGAGUUGGAAAACAGUGACGACACAAAAACUGGAUCAUCUAACAAAGAGAGUAAAAGUUCUUCUGUAGACAAUGUAAAAAAGAGGAGACGAAAUUCUCUACCAAAGGAGAAGAUUGAUUCAGGGAAGGAGGAAAAUGGCAACGGAACCUUGUCUGCUUCUGGUGAACCAGUCAAGUAUAAUGGUUUUCGGAGUAAUGGGAACAGAAGGAAAAGCAAGCCUCGUCGAGCCGCUGAAGCAGUUGUUGAGUGUCAAUAACUGUAGGAGUUGCUGCAUUUAGUCAAUUCCUUAUUCACCAAAGCAGACAGAUCUCCUGCCAGAUCCUGGAUUUUGUUAUUUUCCUUGUACUUUCGUGAUUUUGAUAGUCCUUUGUUGGAAAAUCCUUUGUGAAUUUCAACUGAAAAUCAGAACUGAUCAAGGUUUCAUCACCAUCCUGACUGUCACCUUUAUUCCCAGAUAUGAGUUGAAUUGUCUGUUGUUAUGCGCAUGUGGUUUCUUUCUCUGUUCUAAGAGUUUCAUAUCAGUGCCUCUAUGGUAUACGCUGAAUUCCCAGAAGGCAAAUUUUGUUCUUGCAGAUGCUCCUCUUUUGUCCUAGACUGUACAAUUUAUGACCUCAAGUUCCUAAAUAUUUUGCUUGUUUGAUUUGAAAGACUAAUAAGAAAUAUUGUUACAA